UCCUCCUCUCUCUGCGGCGGGAGGGGCGGGGACAUGGGGUGGUGUGCGCAGGCGCACGACUGGCUCCGGGCGCGUGAAGUGGGCGCGUGGAACCGGAAGUUGAGGCGUUCGCCCCGUUGAGUGAGGCAUUCAGGGAACUUGUGUCUAACCCAGAGGUCACUCCAGAAGUUGUGAGGUACCCUGUGUGUCACCAGCUUGACCGAGACCCCUGGCCACUUUGUCACCUGUGGUGAUUCCAUCAGUGAGGAGGAAAAUUAGCUCUUUGAAGAGAAAGUGGUUCCAUAUUUACAGACACUGGCUUCUCACUGCUGGCUUUGAGGUGGAGAAUGGAUGAGAAUAUUUGGUCCCGGUGAUCAGAACUGAGGCCAGAAUUGCGACAGCAUUGUGCUUAGCAAGAUGCCUCCUCCCAGAACCAGGGAGGGCAGGGGUCACCGAGACCACCACCGGGCUCCCCAUGAGGAAGAGACCCCAGAGAGAUGGGACUGGAAUCACCCAGAAACACGUCGCCUCUUGGAGGACACCUUCUUUCGUGAUGAGGAGUAUAUCCGCCAGGGCUCUGAGGAGUGCCAGAAGUUCUGGGCCUUCUUUGAGCACUUUCAGAGAUUCCAGAAUCUCAAGACAGCUCGGAAGGAGGAGCAAGACCCUGGGCCUCCCAAGCAUAGCAUCCCAGCCCUGGCCGACCUACCUCGCACUUACGACCCACGUUACCGCAUCAACCUCUCUGUCCUUGGCCCUGACACACGGGGCUCUCGGGAGCCGGGCAGGCGCCUGCCCCCGGAGAGAGUAGCUGAGUUCCGCCGAGCCCUGUUGCACUACCUGGACUUUGGCCAGAAGCAGGCCUUCGGGCGCCUGGCCAAGCUGCAGAGGGAGCGGGCGGCACUACCCAUUGCUCAGUAUGGGAAGCGUAUCCUGCAGACGCUGAAGGAGCACCAGGUGGUGGUGGUGGCGGGUGACACAGGCUGUGGCAAGUCCACUCAGGUGCCCCAGUACCUGCUGGCUGCUGGCUUCAGUCAUGUGGCAUGCACCCAGCCCCGGCGAAUUGCUUGCAUCUCAUUGGCCAAGCGCGUCGGCUUUGAGAGCCUCAGCCAGUAUGGUUCACAGGUCGGCUACCAGAUCCGCUUUGAGAGCACGCGUUCAGCGGCCACCAAGAUCGUGUUCCUGACGGUGGGGCUGCUCCUGAGGCAAAUCCAGCGGGAGCCCAGCCUGCCCCAGUACCAGGUCCUGAUCGUGGACGAAGUCCAUGAGCGACACCUCCACAAUGAUUUCCUCCUGGGCGUCCUCCGGCGCCUGCUGCCCCAGCGGCCAGACCUCAAGGUCGUCCUCAUGUCGGCCACCAUCAACAUCGCACUCUUUUCCAGCUACUUCGGUGGCGCCCCUGUGGUGCAGGUGCCUGGGAGGCUCUUCCCCAUUACGAUUGUGUACCAGCCGCCAGAGGUGGAGCCAGCAACGGCCAAGUCAGAGAAGCUGGACCCGCGGCCUUUCCUGAGGGUGCUGGAGGCCAUCGACAAUAAGUACCCCCCUGAGGAACGGGGUGACCUCCUGGUCUUCCUCAGCGGCAUGGCGGAGAUCAGCGCUGUGCUGGAGGCUGCCCAGACCUACGCCAGCCACACGCAGCGCUGGGUGGUGCUGCCGCUGCACAGCACGCUGUCUGUGGCUGACCAGGACAAGGUAUUCGACGUGGCGCCCCCUGGAGUCCGGAAAUGCAUCCUUUCUACCAACAUUGCAGAGACCUCAGUCACCAUUGAUGGAAUCCGCUUCGUAGUGGAUUCUGGGAAGGUGAAGGAGAUGAGCUAUGACCCGCAAGCCAAACUGCAGCGGCUGCAGGAAUUCUGGAUCAGCCAGGCCAGUGCCGAGCAGCGUAAGGGUCGUGCGGGCCGCACAGGCCCCGGCGUCUGCUUCCGCCUCUAUGCCGAAUCGGACUACGAUGCCUUCGCUCCCUACCCUGUCCCGGAAAUCCGGAGGGUAGCCCUGGAUGCAUUGGUGCUACAGAUGAAGAGCAUGAGCUUGGGGGAUCCCCGAGCCUUCCCCUUUAUUGAGCCCCCACCGCCAGCCAGCCUGGAAACUGCCAUCCUUUACCUUCGAGACCAGGGGGCCCUGGACGGCACAGAGGCCCUCACCCCCAUCGGGUCUCUGCUGGCCCAGCUGCCUGUGGACGUGGUGAUUGGGAAGAUGCUGGUCCUGGGCUCUACGUUCCACCUGGCCGAGCCCGUGCUCACCAUCGCCGCUGCCCUCAGCGUCCAGUCACCCUUCACCCGCAGUGCCCAGAGCAACCCCGAGUGCGCAGCAGCCCGGCGGCCCCUGGAGAGUGACCAGGGUGACCCCUUCACGCUCUUCAACAUCUUCAACACCUGGGUGCAGGUGAAAUCCGAGCGGAGCAGAAACUCACGCAAGUGGUGUCGCCGCCGGGGCAUUGAGGAGCAUCGGCUGUAUGAGAUGGCCAACCUCCGGCGCCAGUUCAAGGACCUGUUGGAGGACCACGGGCUGCUGGCUGGGACCGAGGCGCCGAGGCCAGGGGAUAGCUACAGCCGGCUGCAGCAGCGCCGGGAGCGCCAGGCGCUCUACCAGCUGAAGCGCCAACAUGAAGAGGGCGCGGGGCGCAGGCGCAAGGUGCUACGGCUGCAAGAGGAGCAGGAUGGGGCCUCCAGCGAUGAGGACCGCGGUGCCACAGCUGACCAGGACUCUUGCGACAGCGUGGACAUCCAGGAUGUGAAGUUCAAGCUCCGGCACAACCUGGAGCAGCUGCAGGCAGCCGCCAGCUCGGCUCAGGACCUGUCCCGUGACCAAAUGGCCCUGCUCAAGCUGGUGCUGGGCCGUGGCCUCUACCCCCAGCUGGCUGUCCCCGACCCCUUCAACAGCGGCCGCAAGGACUCGGACCAGAUUUUCCACACACAGACCAAGCAGGGAACUGUGCUGCACCCGACCUGCGUCUUCGCCGGCAGCCCUGAGGUGCUGCACACACAGGAGCCAGAGAGCAGGGCCAGCGACGGGAGCCGAGAUGACAAGGACAAGAUGAGCAGCAAGCACCAGCUCCUCACCUUCGUCUCCCUGCUAGAGACCAACAAGCCGUACCUGGUGAACUGCGUCCGUGUCCCCGCCCUCCAGUCCCUCCUGCUGUUCAGCCGCUCCCUGGACACCAAUAGUGACUGCUCCCGCCUGGUGGCCGAUGGCUGGCUGGAGCUCCAGUUGGCAGACACUGAGAGUGCUGUCCGGCUCCUAGCAGCUGCCCUGCGGCUCCGGGCCCAAUGGGAAAGUGCCCUGGACCGGCAGCUAGCUCACUGCGCCCGACGGCGGCUGGAGGAGGAGGAUGAGGCCCCAACAGUCGACCGCAAAGAGGUGGCAGCCCUGAGCAGGGACCUGCUGCAGUUCACAGCAUCCAAGGUUCCCUAUAGUCUCCGGCGGCUCACGGGGCUGGAAGUCCAAAACCUCUAUGUGGGACCCCAGACCAUCACAGCUGCCCCUAGUCUCCCUGGCCUCUUUGGCAGCUCUACCCUGUCCCCCCACCCCAGCAAGGGGGGCUACACAGUCACUGACUUCCUCACCUACAACUGCCUCACGAGCGACACCGACCUGUACAGUGACUGCCUCCGUACCUUCUGGACCUGCCCCCACUGUGACCUGCACAUGCCCUUCACGCCCCUGGAACGCAUCACCCACGAGAACACCUGCCCCAACGCCCCGCAGGGUGGCUCCCCAGGGGCUGAGGAGGCUGACCCUGAACCCCUCCAGAAGGCGUCCGCCCUGCAGAGGCCCUACCACUGUGAGACUUGUCAGAAGGACUUUAUGUUCACGCCCACCGAGGUCCUGCGGCACCGGAAGCAGCACGUGUGAGCCCGGCCUGGCCCCUGCCUGCCCCCCAACCCAGGACCAGGGCCCGGACCCCCACCGGUAACCCAGCCACGACUCAGAGCUGCAGUCCCAGAGGGGAGGGGUGUGAAUGUGUUAAUAAAGCUUUGUAUUCUGACUCAGACCUUUAAAUCC